CCCACACCACACUCCAUCACUGAGAACACAACCAUUCAUUCUUCAAAAUCAAUGGCUACUCAAAACCCUAACCGUCGAAAUUCCCUCUACCCCGAAGUAAUCGAUUCCAACCCAGAAGCUCCACAUCACUUCCAUCAAGCAAACCACUCAUCAUCUUCUCAAUCCUCCAACCUCUACCCUUCAAUCGACUUCAACGACCUCGUUCAGAAUCUCUUCCCGGACGACAUCACCACCGCCACCGAGGAGAUCCUCCUCAAGAUCCCGGGUGCUAUCCUCAACCUUAUAGACAAAGACUACAGCGUCGAGCUCGCUUCCGGUGACCUCACCGUCACGCGUCUCCGCCAGGGCGACAACACCAUCGCAGUCUACGCCCGUGUCGCUGACGAGAUCCAAUGGCCGCUCGCCAAGGACGAGACCGCUGUCAAACUCGACGACUCUCACUACUUCUUCUCCUUCACCGCCCCCAAGGGUUCCGAUUCCGACGAGGAAGAGGAAGCGGGAAAGGGAAAGGGUUACAGCUCCGAUUUGUUGAGCUACGGUUUGACGGUCGCGUCGAAGGGGCAGGAGCGUUUGCUGAAGGAGCUCGAUGCGGUGCUGGAGAGCUGCAGUAGCUUCUCUGUGCAGAAGGUUUCUGAGAAGGUGAAGAGGAAAGGGGAGGCGCUAGAUGGGUCGGUGGCGAGGGAGGUUUCGCCGAAGGAUUUGGAGUCGUCGGCGACGAAGAAGGAGAUGAUGGAGGAGCGGAGUGCUGCGUAUUGGACUACGCUGGCUCCGAAUGUGGAGGAUUAUAGUAGUACUACUGCGAGGAUGAUUGCUGCAGGGUCUGGUCAUGUGGUUAAGGGGAUUUUGUGGUGUGGAGAUGUGACGGUGGAUAGGUUGAACUGGGGGAACAAGGUUAUGAAGAAGAGGUUGUCUUCUGGUUCGCGUUCGGAGAUUAGUCCUCAAACCUUGAAGCGGAUUAGAAGGGUUAAGAGAGUGACAAGAAUGACGGAGAAAGUGGCAAAUGGGUUGCUCUCUGGGGUCGUGAAAGUGUCUGGAUUCUUUACCAGUUCACUGGUAAAUUCCAAAGUCGGAAAGAAAUUUUUCAGCCUUCUACCAGGGGAAGUUGUGCUUGCAUCAUUGGAUGGAUUCAGUAAAGUGUGUGAUGCUGUUGAAGUAGCUGGAAAAAAUGUCAUGUCAACGUCAUCCACUGUGACAACUGAGCUUGUCGACCACAGAUAUGGGGAGCAAGCUGCUGAAGCAACAAGUGAAGGGCUUAAUGCUGCUGGUCAUGCUCUGGGUACUGCAUGGGCUGCGUUUAAGAUCAGGAAGGCUAUUAACCCUAAGAGUGUUUUUAAACCCACCACACUGGCCAAGUCUGGUGCUAAAGCUGCAGCUAAAGCUGCAGCUUCUGAUUUGAAGUCUAAAAAGUCCAAGUGAUUUGUGGCAGUAGUUCUUCAAUUUAGGUUUGGUCAUCCUGCUAUCAUAAGCUGCUGCAUUUGGCUUUACAUGACCCCCUUUUUCCUCCGGGAAAGGCGGGUGAACAUCGCAUGAUUUAUUGUUAAUAUUAUUUUGUAAGUUUUUUUUUUCCUUCACAUGUAUAAGAUUUCCUUAGAAUUGGGUUAGGCCUAACUGUACCCCAAAACCUAGCUUAGAAGUGAGGGUUAUUCUACCCUUUAUAAGGACUAUCUUGGUCAUAUCUCUAAUUAAUGUGAGACUUCUAACAGAUUUCAAUUUAAGACUUUAAGUAAACCAUCACUUUGGUCA